AUGAAUCGACAUCCUCGGACCUACUUCGGUGUUGUUGCACUCCCGUGUGACAUCCUUCCUACAGCGGCUGGGAGCGGGCUGUUGCGCACCAAGAUUUGUCGUACCGGUAAUUUGCCUGGCUUCAUGUUUCUCGUCAGGAUAGCGCGAAUGCAAUCCAUUCGAACUGCUAGGUGGGCUUGGAGAGCAGAUUUGGAAGAGUGCAUCGCUCCAGACCCCUCUUUUCCCCGGUUCUCGGGAGGUCAAGAUGAACUCGCCACGGGCGAGCUCCCUACUGAGAUCACAUCGGAGAACCUGCGCGCGUGGCCUCUUGCCGCAGAUCAUGCUUGGCUCUAUCGUAUGCAUAGUCUUGGCACAAGACCUCUCCCAGGUGACGCUCCUUGCCCCGAGCAGGACAUCCCUGAAUGA